AUGACGUUCAAUCGGAUAGCUAUCUACGGCCAUCGUGGCUGGGCCAGUUCUGUCAUCUUUGACAAACUUGUAGCCUCCGGUGCACCAAUCACAGUUCUGUAUCGCCAUGGCUCGGACGUCUCGAGUGUUCCAGCCAGCGUUACAAAGAUAGAGAUUGAUAUUCAGGACCAGAAGGCACUGGUCGAUGCCCUGCAGAACGUGGAUAUCCUCAUAUCUCUUGUAGGCCAUGAAGGCGUCACGAGACAGCAUGCAUUUGUCGAAGCAAUCCCCAAAACCAACGUCCAGCUUUUCGUGCCUUCUGAUCUUGCUGCUCGAUACGAUGAGCUCGGCCUUCGAAUUAGCGUAAAUGCCGCCAAAGACGCGGUAGAAUCGGCUGCGAGGAAGACGGGAAUACCAAUGACUAUAGUCCUUACUGGGAACAUUGCGGAAUUCGCACUCAACACUCUUGCUAUGGGAGUGGACUACGCUGGUAACCGACUCAUACUAUCAGGAAAUAGUGCAGAGAACAGGUUGAAUUUAUGCACUUUGUCCUAUGUCGGAACAGCGUACGCGUCAAUCUUUGCAAGCACACCUAUUGCAAAUCUGCGAGACAGGGUAAUCGGGCUUUCUGAGCUGAGCCCAACAGGUAAUGAGAUAUCUUUAGCCCUAGGCAAGAAACACCAACAAGCACCAAAGGUCUUCAGACACAGCUUGGAGAGUAUUGAGAACGAAGUUGAGAGCUGCCUUCGCGAGGCCAGUCCUUUCGCAUUAGCUUGGUACUGCCGUAGAAUCUGGGCCACCGGGCAGCAGGCGGAAAUGAUUGGAAAAGAUAUCUGGGAACCAAAAGACUACACAAAGGCCACUUUACAGGAUUUAAUCGUCGAGGGAAAGCUAAAGCCGUACCGCGACAUUCCCGCAGAGAUUACAGAAGUAUUCAGUAAGACAUUUAAAGAUAUGUAG